AUGGCAAACAAGGAACCUCUCGAUGACCGAAGGAUGCAUAUUGCGUUGACCGUCCACGACAAGGAAGGGAAACAGCUUGAAGACUUCCCUGUCAAGGUAUACAAGAUCAAAUACAGCGACGAGCUGCAGACAGAGCUGGAGCAAAAAGAAGAAGAGGAGCGCAAGAAUGAGCCGGAGGCCAAGCCGAAGCCGAGUCCAAAGAAAGCUGAGACGCCAACGCAACCGGGUGGGAGCAACCCAGGUACGCCCGUGUCACCUCCCAACGCAGCCGUCCUCAACACGCGAGAGCUCACACGCAAGUUUUUCGACUUCUCGUACAAGGAAUCGGCUGAAGAAGCCAAGCAGAUGGCGGUUGUGUUGUCCAAGGCUCAAGGCCUUAGGAUCCCUAUACCAGCUUCGAUCGUCACCACCAUGCGUAAGACUGGCAAGAUAGGCAUUUCUGUUUGGUAUGACUUCGAAUAUAUGAACUUUCUAAAGAAGACUGGCCAAGAGGGACAAGACAAGAGAAUCCCAUACGCGGAGCGGUUUACAAAAGAAGAACUCGAAGAGAAGCGAGAGCGCAACGAGCUCAAGAAGAAAGAGGAGGAACAAAAGAAGGAGGAGGAACAUUCGUCGACAGAGGAGGAACAGGCGUCGAAGCGACGUAAGCUCACGCAUGCCAACCGCCGCAGACAAAGGCCCGCUUGUUUUGGCCCGAUGCCUCCAGGAAUGAAGGCGCGUAUGGACCGAGGCAGGGCCUUCGUCCUGGAGUGGAGGAAGCAGAUGGAGUCGGGCAAUUAG